AUGAACGAAUACGUCUCGCUUCACACAAUCACCACGACCCCAAUCACUUACAGGUUUGUCUACGGUACUAGAACUUUAUCCGGAUGUUUCAUUUCCUUCAUUCCAGACAUCGCAUCACUUUCGAGUUCAGUGUAUACGGCACUUGCGUCGUUCUCAAUCUCUUCCUCUGCAUCUUCUUUGUCAUCCGACCCCAUAUGCUCCGAUCUUUCAAAGUAAUAUCCUGUCACUUUCCCUUCCACCUCUCAACUGUUGCCUUCCAGCCGACCAUCUUCUUCGUGACCCUCGGCACGUUCGUUCUGUCGCUUCCGCUCUUCUUCCUCCAGUUCUACCUUGUCGUCUCCCUCUGGUCGCUCGUCGAACCCCGGUACCCCGUGGCCGUGUGCACCUUCGUCAAAUGUUUCACCAGUUCGACGACUUCGUGUGCUCAGGUUCUUCCGUUGGUAAGUGACAUGCGGAUCUCCGUGAGAACGCGCGGAUUUCAGCCAGUCGCCAUCUACCGAUACUUCAUUGUGGUGCGCAACAGAAAAAUGCCUACGUGGUUUGUUGUCGCCAUCCAUUCGGUCAUUUCGGUCGUCUUUGUGAGUGCCGAGGGAUUAUGGAGGGAACAGAACUUGAUUCCCGAAUUGCUUCUGUUCACUCGGGGUCCGGAAUAAACAACAAAAACUAGGUACUUGCAGUUUGUGAUAGCAAUGCUCAACUUCCCGUUGGGAGACUUCGAAGCGAAUGAUCAGUGCGCAAUUUUGAGGUUUAGCAAAGCGAUGGAGGCAGUUAGAGUGAGUUGCGGACGACGAUGCAAUUCGGGAUUGGGCUGUAUUCCAGAUAUCUCUCACUCUCGGCCUCAACCUCUUCGCAGUCCUCAUCAACGUGGCAAUUUACACGUUCGUCAAAAAGUACGACAAAAGGAACGUUGGUGAGUCGGAUCGGCCGUGUUUCCUCUUCUGAACAGUCCGAUCUCAGAUGUUCAUCGCCGUCGAGUGCAGCUCACGUACUCGAUGCUCCUUCAGUCAAUGAUUCCGAUUCUUGUUUCGAUCCCACUGCUCGUUGGUUCUUUUGAUUUCUACUUUGGUGAGUUUUGUGUGUCCCCGGCGGAUUAUUGCAUUACCCUCACACUUUUCCGAUUGAAAAGUGCCUUCGGAUUUGGAUUAGUAUCUUUUCAGGCUAUACCCUGCCGUCCGGAUUCACCUCCCGCUGGUACGCCACCACAUUCCUCUCGCCGUUCCUCACACCCAUCUCGUCGAUGCUCUCGCUCCGGACCAUCCGCCACGAGCUGCUUGCUGUCUUUCUGAGCUCGUCACUCUUCGUCGGCACUCGCAAAAUCUCGAAUCUGGUCAUCAAAACGAGCAAGAGCAACGUGGCGCAGCAGAGCUCGGAUUAUUCGUCCGCCUAG